AGUGCUGCACUUAUAAAGUCACAACAAGUACUAGAGAGAGGAUAAACAUAAAACUUCCAGUUCUCGUCUCUCUACCGACACCACCAGACAUUUCGUUCGUAAAAGCGCAAGUUUUUUGUUUUCCAAGAUGUGGAUCGUGUGUCUGGUUUUGUUUGUGUCUGCGUUCUCGAGUCUGUGGUUCUACUCCCGGCGGAGGCAUAGCUACUGGUCGUCGAAGGGCGUGCCUUGUCCACCGGCACUCCCGCUCCUGGGGCACGUCCAUAAGAUGUACAGCAAGAAGAAGGGCAGGUGGAUCUUUGAAAAUGAGGUGUACAGAAGGUACGGAGGAUCGACCUACGCCGGAGUGUACGAAUUCCACAACCCGAUACUGGUGGUGGGUGACCCGUACCUCAUGAAGUGCAUUCUGGUCAGGGACUUCAGCCAUUUCACCGACCGCCGCAUCCAGACGGUCAUGACCACCGAGAGGGACAGCGUCAUGAACCACAUGCUGACGUCUAAAAGGGGCGAGGAGUGGAAAUCUCUGCGUUCGGUGAUCUCUCCCGCCUUUUCCUCCGGCAAGAUGAAGUCGAUGUUCCACCUCGUCUGCCUGAAGGCGGACGCCUUAGUCUCUUUCUGCUUGGCGGAAGCCGCCAAGAAACCCUCCGUCGAUAUGAAGUAUAACUUCGGCCGCUACACGAUCGAUACCCUGGCCUCCUGCGCCUUCGGCAUCGAGUGCGACUCUCUAGUUAAUGAAGAGGCCGAGUUUCCAAAGAAAGUGUCGGAGUUUUUCACGGUGCCGAGGUCGAGACUACUCAAAUUCCUGCUGUACCGCCUCGCCCCAAAGGUCUUCUCGAUGUUGCAAAUCAGGCUAAACCCUCUUGAACUCGACUUCUUCAAGGAGGUCGUGACGCAGACCAUUUCGGAGAGAAAGAGGCGUGGGGUGAAACGAGGAGACUUCCUAGACCUACUCCUCGAUGUAGGGCCUCAGGAGGAGGCUGACAUAGACCCAACAGAGCAAAAGAUGGGUUUGCAUCGAGAGGACAAAGAAUCUCUCGUUAAGGGCGUGGCCGAGGUUCUACGGAAACAGAGCUUAGACGACGACACAAUCGUAGCCCAGUGCCUGCUCUUCUUGGUAGCUGGCUACGACACGACCGCUUCGACGCUGGCCUUCGCUACGUUCCUCCUCGCCAAGUACCCGAAGGAACAGGAGAGACUUCGAAGUGAAAUGAGGCAGAUUGCGAAGGACAACGAGGGAGACCUUCCCUACAGCGCCCUCAUGGAAGCGAAAUUUCUCGACGCGUGUUUGAUGGAAACCCUGCGAUUAUACCCACCAGGUCCACGCUUACAGCGCAUGUGCACCAAGACGUAUAAGUUACCAGGAACCGACUUGAUCAUCCCAGAGGGAUCCGUAGUCCAGUGUCUGGUCUGGAGCGUCCACAGGGAUCCCCGGUACUGGCCAGAACCUGAGGCGUUUCUGCCAGAUCGAUUCAUGCCCGAAAAUAGGGCCAAUGUCAAGAGUUUUACCCACAUACCCUUCGGGAUGGGCCCCAGAAACUGUAUAGGGAUGAGGUUCGCCCUCAUGGAAGCCAAGGCCGCCCUCGCCAAGCUGGUCCUCAGAGCGGACUUGAAGCUGGCUCCGGGAUGCGACGAGGUCGUCCUCGAAGUGGGGAACACUGCGGUUCUGAGGCCCAAGAAUGGAAUAGACAUAAUCUUGACACCUCUCGAAGGUGAAUGAAGACGUGAUAUUAGAUUUGAGUUUUUGUAAUAAAGAUAAUAUAUGCGUAAA